AUGGAUAAGUAUCUCGAAAAUCAUUUCACUAGACAAAAAUCAGAGUACCUUAAGAACCCUGCGAAAAUUUCUAAGUCCACUCUUGGAAGUAGAUUGCCAAAGAACCUCAAAUUUGCGAAAAUUUCUAAGUCCACUCUUGGAGGUAGAAUGCCAAAGACCCUCAAAGGAGCGAAAAUUUCUAAGUCCACUCUUGGAAGUAGAUUGCCAAAGAACCUCAAAUUUGCGAAAAUUUCUAAGUCCACUCUUGGAGGUAGAAUAUCAAAGACCCUCAAAGGAGCGAAAAUUUCUAAGUCCACCCUUGGAGGUAGAUUGUCCAAGUCCCUCAAAGGUGCAAAAAUUUCUAAGUCCACUCGUGGAGGUAAAAUGCCAAAGACCCUCAAAGGAGCGAAAAUUUCUAAGUCCCCUCUUGGAGAUAGAUUGCCAAAGACCCUCAAAGGUGCGAAAAUUUCCAAGUCCCCUCUUGGAGAUAGAUUGCCAAAGACCCUCAAAGAUGCGAAAAUUUCUAAGACCCCUCUUGGAGAUAGAUUGCCAAAGACCCUCAAAGGUGCGAAAAUUUCUAAGUCCACUCUUAGAGGUAUAUUGCCAAAGACCCCCAAAUUUGCGAAAAUUUCUAAGUCCUCUCCUGGAGAUAGAUUGUCCAAGUCCCUCAAAGGUGCAAAAAUUUCUAAGUCCACUCUUGGAGGUAGAAUGCCAAAGACCCCCAAAUUUGCGAAAAUUUCUAAGUCCUCUCCUGGAGAUAGAUUGUCCAAGUCCCUCAAAGGUGCGAAAAUUUCUAAGUCCCCUCUUGGAGAUAGAUUGCCAAAGACCCUCAAAGGAGCGAAAAUUUCCAAGUCCACUCUUGGAGGUAGAAUGCCAAAGACCCUCAAAGGAGCGAAAAUUUCUAAGUCCACUCUUAGAGGUAUAUUGGCAAAGACCCCCAAAUUUGCGAAAAUUUCUAAGUCCUCUCCUGGAGAUAGAUUGUCCAAGUCCCUCAAAGGUGCAAAAAUUUCUGAGUCCCCUCUUGGAGAUAGAUUGCCAAAGACCCUCAAAGGUGCGAAAAUUUCCAAGUCCCCUCUUGGAGAUAGAUUGCCAAAGACCCUCAAAGAUGCGAAAAUUUCUAAGUCCCCUCUUGGAGAUAGAUUGCCAAAGACCCUCAAAGGUGCGAAAAUUUCUAAGUCCACUCUUGGAGGUAGAUUGCCAAAGACCCUCAAAGGAGCGAAAAUUUCUAAGUCCACUCUUGGAGAUAGAUUGUCCAAGUCCCUCGAAGGUGCGAAAAUUUCUAAGUCCCCUCUUGGAGAUAGAUUGCCAAAGACCCUCAAAGGUGCGAAAUUUCUAAGUCCACUCUUGGAGGUAGAAUGCCAAAGACCCUCAAAGGAGCGAAAAUUUCUAAGUCCACUCAUGGAGGUAGAUUGCCAAAGACCCUUAAAGGAGCGAAAAUUUCUAAGUCCCCUCUUGGAGAUAGAUUGCCAAAGACCCUCAAAGGAGCGAAAAUUUCCAAGUCCACUCGUGCAGAUUGCUCGUCAAAUUCCCCGAGAGAGCAGAAUUUGUGUCUGA